AUGGUCGAUUUUUUGGGUGUGUUAAUUAUCCUAUUCUGGGCCACAUCAUUUUCCAGCCCAACCCAUCCACCAUGGAGGUCUCAUAUACAUAUCAGAUGUCUAAUGCUAAUGGGAUGUGCUUGGCCCAUUCAACAAAGCCUCCUCACAAUCCCGGGCCCAGAGUCAGGUUUUUUGUUCUGGUUUCUUUGUUCUUUAAUGGCGACAGUGAAGACAAUCGCAUUAGGGCUCACACUCAUCGACGAGAAGAAGGAAGAACUUCGCAUAGCCUUCGAAGACCUCCAAGCCCACUCCUCCUCUCCCUCCUCCUUCACUCUUACCUGGUCCGACAUUGAUUCUCACUUCUCCUCCAUCCAAUCCUCUCUCACCCGCCAAUUCGACCUCAUCCAAUGCCAAAACGACGUCGUUCCCGAAAUCCUCCAAAAGUAUGUCCCUCCAUCUCACCCCCGGUUGAAACUCCUAUGCUCCAACAUGGAUGCCAAUGGCCUCACACGCUACAUCAUCGACCACAGUAAGGACCGCCAAGAAAUAGCAUCCGAAUUGCCCGAUGCUUUCCGGGUCGCCCCGGUCCCGGCCAAGCUGGUUCUGGAUGCUUUGCAAGAAUUUUUCCCGCCAAACGAGGUUGAUAACGAGGGUAACAAACUGGGUUCUUUGAUGCAAACUCGUUUGCUUUUGUUGGAGCAAUUGACGGCAGUUUUGCCUGAGAUUAAGGCGGAUGUGAUGCAGAGAGCGAAGUACUUGGCUCAGGAGUGGAAGGGGAAGAUAAAUCGUGGAGCUGUGACAAGUAAUGGCUUUCUAGGGUUUUUGUAUCUCCUGGCAGCUUAUGGAAUGGGUUCAGAUUUUGAUAGCAGCGAGUAUGUUGAAUUUUUGGCCAAUGUUGUUGUGCAGAAUCGGCAACAAGGAUUUACUUUGUGUUGCAGGCUUAAUUGCGUGGAUAAAGUUCCAGCCCAUGUAAAGAAGUUUGAGAACCUUGCACAGAAUGUUUAUGACAGCAGGAAUCAAUCUCUUCAAUAUCUGAAUGGGGCCACAGGUGCAGAAAUCACUAUAUUGAAACAAAUAAUUUCUUGCCUUGAAGAAUACAAACUUGAAGCUGAAUACCCUCGGGAACACCUUGAAAUGCGUAUUAAGAUGCUAGAAAGAGAGAUGAAAGACAGGAAACGCUCUGCAGCUGCCCUUGUUCCCAGGCAUCAGCAGCAGCAGGAACUUGGAAGCAAGCAUCCAUGGACCAAGCCAGCUGGUGCAGCUGUCCCAAGUGUUGCUGGUGCCAGUUCAACUAUUAAUCCUUUCCAACAGUCACAUUUAUAGUCAGCAGGUUUCUUGCCAGAUCGUUCUGUACCAUACUUGAGCUCAUCAGUUGAGCUCCAGGGGUUGGCAGGUCCAACACUUUCCACUGCUCGGUACACAGCCCCAUCAGCUGGUCUGUAUUGUUCUGCUGGCGUUCCUAUGAGUUUCCCUGGGAACCUUAGCCCUGCUAGGCCACAUGUUCAAGCAUUGGAUUCACAGAUGCCAAUACCAUCUGGUUAUUUUGAUAGGCCAUCUGGUCUCGGUGGAUAUAAUUUGCAGCCUCAUUACCAUUGGACUUACUAUCCCAGUAGCUCUUGAUAAUGUUCUCUGUGAUGGUAUAAUUUUGGUUGGUACAUAUCUUUGUCUAAACUCUAGCUGUUAGAAAGCACAUUGUGUUUUUAGAUUACUGUGAUUGUUGUAAAGCAACUAGUGUACAAAAACCACAGAACAAAAACAAAAAACCAGAAGUUUCUAUCCUCCCCAGGUUAUGCAGGUAAAGCCCUUCCUUGCUCCUAGGAUCCAAGGAGGUGGGAAGAAUUGCAGGAAAUGGUCAGUGUAGUGUACAUUCUUUUUUUCACAUAAACCUUUUUUUAUGGUCUUCGAUAAAUUGUUUGUUGUGGGAUAUUCAUAUUUGGGCGUCUAGAAAGUGGAUGCCAUAUGUAAAUGAAACUUUUCAUUAUGUUUU